CACCAGACUAGUAUGACAGAGUCUCGAGGUCACUCUCCUCACUCCCUUCCAACCAAUCAGCAGACGUCGCUAUCUGUAAAGUACCCUGCUACGUCUGCUACUACUGGGCAGCCUUAUCGUUAGAAGGUCGCCCCGGGUUCGCAGCAACAGUGAUGGAGUUCCUGGGGAUUCUUGCAAUUGCCCGUGAAAAACAAGAGAAGCGCGAUAAAGAAGUUAAACGGAUGGUUUUAGAAGAACGUAUAAAAAAUAUAGCACGGUUGAAGGAAAUCGAAAAAGCUAGAGCAUCUUCUAAGCCAUGUUCCGAGAUCAAGGGAAGUGCACCUAGCGUCACACCAGCCUCACUUCCUGCUCAGUCGUCCUUUCAAUGCUCCGUUGGGGUUAAAAAUCAUCCUAGCGCACCUCGACGUGAUAUUCCUCCUCCUGCUACCCGUGUCCCUCCAACCACGGAUACUCCUCCAAAAGACGCGAAUAGCACCAAUAGUCCGGGCGAUGCUUCCUUGAGUUCUAAAUCUAAAGGUCGCUGUAAUUUGUCUUUUACUGCACUACUUGAGUUAGCUAAGAAGAACGUUCCGCCUGACGCUGGCAGAAGAGUGCCGUACGAGGAUCUAUUACCCUGUCCUCGGGCGUCAUCAUAUCGUUCACUUGAUUCGGCGGCACCACCCAAAAAGAAACAGGUCUCUGCCUCCCACCAGCGUACAAGUGAUAACUCUCUGAACACCGGCGCGUCAGCUGCAACGAUGCCCAUUAACCAGGUCGCCUCCCUCGGCUCGAGUCAACCACCGGCGUCAGCAUCCGGACAAAAGCUCUUGAAGAAGGAGUCUAGAUCGUCGGUUUGUUCACACCCUGCUAGUCCCAAUUCAACUAAUGUCAUUUACCCAGACACCAAGAAAGAAAAGGAGAAGCUUCCUCACCAUUCUAGGAGCGCGAUCGCUGAGCAGCUCUGCUCCCGCCAAGUGCAUGUCCCAAGUAAAUCACCUCGGGUUCGCUCUAUUGCACUUUCCACUGCAUCUGUUAAUAAGGAGAAAAUCAGAGAUUGUUGCAGUGACAGUCUUCCCAAGAGCGAUGUCCGUGCACAAAAGCAUCCUAUGACACAGUCUCAGGGAACACAGGAGUGUUUGGCUACUAAAAAACCUUUCUCUCUCAACUCACAUGGUUCUAAGUUGGGCCCUGGAAUGCAACACAGGAAUAAUCCCAAAAAGACCGAAACCAACGGUUACUGGCAAACGAAGGGCUCAUCAAUGCAGGCUCAGCCCAUCAGUGCCAGGGGUAUUGCUGCUCAACUCAGAGUCAAUUUUGACAUCGGGAAAGAAACAGAGGGCGUGGAUUUCGCUGCCUUCGAUGACUACGAGAGCGAUGACAGCUUCAUAGAUGAUAGUGAAGCUAUGGAAUCCAGGGAUUACGCUCGAGUUGUCCGUGAUGUACACAAGGCUCUCAGAUUCGACCCUCGUAAAUAUAAAGAUGUCAAUCCAUGGGACGACCUUCGCUCAAUGGAAGCUAAUUUCCGUGACAUCGACCGAGAAGAGAGACGAAGCGCUCGCCUUGGGGCCCAAGAAGAUGCAGCCGAAUUGGAAAGAGAUAUGCUCCGGAAGAAACAAAAGAAACUGUCUUCUCGCUGAAUUUACUCGUAUUAUCCGGGUGCUUGUUCCGCUUGCUUGUUGCUGUUUCUAUUUUGCAAAGAUCUACCCACGUCUUUCUCUUUUGCCAUAUUUUAUUCACACCAUCGGAUCAAAAAAUUCCAUUUUCUCCGUCGGU